AUGACGAUGAUGGCCUUCUUCUCCUCUUCUUCCCAACCGCAGAAGGGUGUCGUCGUGACUGUUCCGGUGCUCGUCCUCGCCGUCUCCGUCGCCGCUCUCACCCUGGUUUUCCUGGCUUCUUCUCUCUCCGCCCCCUGUUCUUGCUCUCUCCCUCCUCCGUCCCCCUUCUCCGCCCUCCCUGCCGCCGGUGGGGAGAGGGUAUCUGCAACGGCGGAUGAUAUCGAGUGGGUGAGGGAACAGAUCAGAGGGAAUGGUCUCCAUAUGCAGGACAAUGUUCUCCGUAAAGGGAUCAAUCCACGGACUAGGGCUCAGCAACUCCAAGAUCUCAUUCAAUACAAGGGAAUCUCGCACUAUGAUGGUCCAGAUUCGGACAACCACACUGCACUUCCGUGCCCUGGAGAACUCUUGGUAGAAGAGCACCAUAGCAACUACGGGGAACCAUGGGCUGGUGGAAGGGACGUAUUUGAAUUCCUUGCUGAAUCCACGAAUCUCUCGCCGAACUCCCAGGUACUUGAGAUCGGAUGUGGCACGUUACGUGUCGGCCUUCAUUUCAUCCGCUACCUCGCUCCAUCAGGGUUUCACUGUCUAGAAAGAGAUGAGCUUUCUCUCAUGGCUGCUUUGAGAUAUGAGCUCCCAUCCCAGGGUCUUCUACACAAGAGGCCUGUGAUUGUUCGAGGAGAAGACAUGGAUUUCACUAGGUUUGGUGAUGGCGUUUCCUAUGAUCUGAUAUAUGCUAGUGCCGUGUUUCUUCACAUGCCGGAUAAUUUAGUAUGGACGGGGCUCGAGAGGUUGGCAGGGAAGUUGAAGCCCUAUAUUGGGAGGAUAUAUGUGUCGCAUAAUAUCAAGUUCUGUUCGAGGUUGGGUGGUGAGCAGUGUACUAAGAGGUUGAGUGAUUUGGGGCUUGAGUAUCUCGGCAAGAGAACGCAUGAUAGUUUGCUGUUCAAUCACUACGAGAUUUGGUUCGAGUUCAGACGGUCCAGAGCUUAG